AUGGAACCAAGUCCAACACUCGUAGCCAAGAAACUAUCUAACAUGAUACGUGUAGCUUUCUUCACGAUUCGAAAGGGUGUUUCUAAGAGCAAGUUCGUCCUUGAUCUUCAUCUCAUGAUCAAACGUGGGAAGAUCAUCGGAAAGGCCUUAAACGACAUCGUGAUCGAGCAUCAAACUGCUCUUAGUUGUCAUUCACAUGACGUGCAUAUGUCGUUUGUGUCGCCUGCAACUGCUGUCGGCUGUAGACCACACAACGUGCAUAUGUCGUUUGUCUCCCCACGGGAUUAUGAGUUCAGCUGCAGCAGUAGUCCAAGUUAUCGACCAUACAAGCGUUUCCAAGCCAACAGGCGGAGAACCCAUUCUUAUCACCGUAAACAUAAUAGACAUUACGAACACACUCGCUACCACGCGCCACCAUAUAUAUGGGAUGAUGUGAAGUCAGGGGGUGGUGAUUUAUCUGACACAUCUAGUAAUUUGGUAAGUGGGCUGGUGAGACAAGUGAGGAUAACAGACUCGCCAUUCUCUCCGAGGGAAGCUGGAGAUGAAGAAGGCAUUGUGGACAUGGAAGCUGAGAAAUUUAUCGACAGGUUUUACCAAGAGUUGAGGUUACAGAAGCAGAUGGCGGCGCGUGAAGCAGCUUACGUGAUGUGA